AUGAACGUAAAUACUAGUUGCGUUCUAUACGUCAUGAUUACUAGAGAAGAGUCACGCACGAUCGUCGAGUCCGACGGUCAAAAGAGGAAGGCCUAUAGAGGCCGGCCGGCCCAGUCGGUCACGGUCGGUUAUAAUUCAGUCAGCGGUGGGAUCGGUUUGCCGUUGACUGAAUGUAACCGAUCGCGAGACUGA